AGUUAUAUGUAAUUGUGUAGUUAGAUGUAGUUAGUAUAUCUAGUGUAUAUUCUAUUCUAUCUAUAUCUAUCCAUCUACGUCUAUCAUAUCUACAUCACCAUCUACCCCCAGUUCGCUCUACUCUACUCUCUCCUCGCGAUAAACAGAUCAAAUGUGACACCUAAACCUGCGCCUAAACCUCAAACACCGAAUCCGAUCUGCUUCUUCUUCUGCUUCUGCUUCUGCUCUGCUCCGUCAGCCAUCGGACUCCGCUCUGACUAAUCUUCGGCGCUCCACCACACCCUCGUCUGACCAUCACGUGUGCUUAUCUGCCCGUUAUGUAAUAUCCACUCCCUCACCUCCUACAUCAUAGACUGCAACUACACCCAAUGGACGCGGUAGAGGCGCGCGUGCAGCGUCUGGAGCAGCUGCUUGCGCUCGCUGGCCCGUCAGAUACUGCAGAUCAAGACCUGUCUGUACUAGAUCGCCUCGCGCAGCUGCAGUCCGCCGUCGCGGGCCUGCAAUCCCGUCAUCCUGACCUUCAACGCGUUCUUGAUCUAGAGCGGACUGCAAGCAGAUUGACAGCCACGCAGAGUCUGCAGCAAACCUCUGAAAUCGCGCCGAAAGCUGAUAUAGUCCUCGCCCACGCCUCAGAUAUCUCCGCCCUCUCCGCCGCCCUCGCAUCUCUCACCUCCCUCCAAUCAUCCCUCCCUCCCCCCUCCUCCCCCUCCUCCUCUUCCUCACUCCUCCCCCUCUGUGCACUCUCCCCGCACAUCCCCCAGCUCUCCUCACAACUGCACUCCCUCCACGCCGAAAUCUCAACCCAACUCUCCCGCACGCUCGCCCUUCUCGACCGCAUCCUCGCCCGCUCCGUCGUCGGCAUGCAUCUCGCCUGGGUCGAGGCCGAGGACCGGCUUCUUCAGAUUGACUCUAAACUCACGCGUGCACAUCAAAAGACCGUGUCUUCGUUGCAGGAUUAAGUCUACAGUCACCUUUAUAU